AUGAAGGACGCUGCUCAGCUCUCAGAUGCCGAACUUGCAAGUGAGCUCCGCAAGUACAAUGUUGAUGUCGGUCCAGUUACCGGCACAACACGUUCACUUUACGAAAAGAAGCUCACUAAACUGUGGAAGCAAGGUCCUAGUGCCACCAACUCUUCUCCGCAAAAGCCCAUCGUAACAACGCCUACAAAACGCGUAUCGUCGUCUUCAAAAUCCCCUUCUAGGACAACAUCGACAACAAGAAGUACUACACAAAGUGCUCGCCGAAAGGCCGCAACGUCCGAAAGCGAAGAUGGUUCAGACGAGGAGCCUGUUGUUACUACAUUCUAUGGAAAGCCUGUUACUUCCACUCCAGAGAAGCCCACUCAGGUCGUCUCACCUGCACCUUCAAGUCCACAAAAGUCGAUGCCGAAGUUCAAUGACAGGCAUAAUUAUACAUCUUCGUCUCAAAUUGUUCCUGGAUUGUAUCGUACUGAUCGACCGGGUGCAACUCCUCCAAGGAAAGCUGCUAUUCCCAAGACCACAGGUGAUGAUGAUGACGGACGCGGAUUUACGAUGGCCAAGAGUCUAGCCGUAUUGUUUACACAACCAAUUUCAAAGCUGGAAAAGUCCCAGGAUCAAAUUAUGAACUUCGUCAUGGUUCCACAAAAACUCGCGUUGAUCGAGACCCAAAAACUGGAAGAAUCAGAGUACAGCAGCAGAACAUUGGAA